UGGGAAGAGGUUUGAGAACAGGAAAACAUUUAUUGUUUUUAUAUGCAAUUUGUUUGUUGUUGUUUAUUUUAAAAUGCUUUUCUUUUGACAACUAUUAAGAUUGUGAUAUAAUAUAUAAGCGUACAUCAUUGAUGUACGCUUAUAUAUUAUAUCAAGAAAAACAGGUCCAAGAAGGAAAAAUCUUAUUAUCUCGUUAUAUACAUUCCUGAUCAAGUUUCUAUUAUCACAUAAUUCUCAGCUGUUUUGCGAUAAAAAUUUAGUUUGGUCUGGAAAUUUCAAAGUUUCUUUUAUCAGGACAUCUAAGUUCGAAAAUGUGCUAUUUUCUAGAAUAAUUAAUAGAACGUUGAAUAAAUUAAUUGACGGAAUACGUUACAAAACACAUAAUGACGCAGGACGAACCAACGAAUGGCAUUUCUGAUCUCGAAUACAGAAAACAAGAAACAGUUCUUCGACAGUAUUGGUUAGCCAAAUUUUUGCAAGCCAUGAGAGAAGAUUUAUCUGAAUGGAUCUCAAGUUUAGCAUUUCAUGUCACUGUCAAACCGGAUCAUUUUUUAGAAAGCCUUGAAAAUGGUGUUAUAUUGUGUCAACAGGCUAGGUUGAUACAAAGAUAUGCUGAAGAAUAUUCGAUACUAAAUCCACAAGAAAAUCUCAAAAUUCCUGCUAAAGAAGUGUAUUACACCGAAAAAGGAGCGUUGCCUCGAUCAUUCGUAGCACGUGACAACGUUGCUAAUUUUAUCUCAUGGUGUAGGGAGCUUGGUAUUCCAGAUGUUGUGUUGUUUGAAAGUGAAGAUUUAGUUUUACAUAAAAACGAAAAAUCGGUCGUGUUAACUUUAUUGGAUGUUGCACGCAAAGCGUAUAAGUUUGGUGUGCAACCCCCUGAAAUUGUAAAAUUUGAAAAGGAAAUUGAUGAAGAAAUAGAGAAAGACAAAGAAAAUGAAAAAAUGGGAAGGCCACCUCCAAAACCAAUAGAUUUAGAGGAGGAUAAUAAUUUGGAUACAAUGGUCCGCAAUAUCGUCAAUAGAUGCACAUGUUACGACCGAUUUCCAAUUAAAAAAUUAGCAGAAGGAAAAUAUCAACUCGGCAGAAAUGACACACUUAUAUUUGUUAGGGUUAUGCGGAAACACGUGAUGGUUCGCAUCGGUGGAGGUUGGGAUACAUUUGAUCAUUAUAUAACAAAACAUGAUCCAUGUAGAACAAAAAUUGCAGGCAAUAUUGACAACCAUGGACACAAUGUAUCACCAGUGGCAAACAAUAACAAUAAUCUUCCGCAGCGUAAGAAAAGUUCACAGAAAAGAGAAAGUAUAAAAUCAGAUCCUUACAGUACAACUUCCUCAGAUACAUGGAGUAUGUGCUCUGAAAGCAGCGAUGGUUCAGGCAGUCUAGAAUCUUCCAGAGUAGAUUGUUCGUGUGAAGAUAUAGGCCGGAAAAGUCUUAAUUAUCGCAAGAAUUCAUUUUUAAGCAACAGCGCAAAUUCGGGAAUGGUGGAGACGUCAAGCUAUUCCGAUGUCGCUAUUUCUUUUACAAAAUCGAUCGAAGAAAUAGACAGUAAACUUAAAUUACUUGAAAACAACAAACCAACUCUUGACUUGACGUUAAAAGACCCGUCAAUUUACGAUAACAGAGGCGACAGGUGGUUACGUUGUCAAUUGAAUACAUUAAAACAACGUCGUAUGACGGUAACAAAUAGCGACACUGAAAAUCAUCAUCCUCUUGACGAAUUUGUUAUGAAAAGAGGCCAUACGUCCGAUGCAAUUCAAAGAAAGACAAAAAAGAAAGAUUACCUCACCCCGCAACCGCAAAAAAGAGGUAAAAGUCAAACGCAACAACGUUCACGGAGUAAAAGUACACCAAAACAUCUAUCAGGUUCACUGGACCAAGGUUUAAAUACAAAUUGCAACUCCGUAUCAAGAAAGAAGUCGGAAAGCCGCAAUCAAGUGAGAAGACGUGGAGCAUCCCCGUCAUUGUCUUCUUCAAAUCAAUCACUUAAUUCUUUACGAUCUGAGCCUGCCACUAGGAGUGUUCAGCCUCCUUCCAUGAACAUGUCAACCCAAACCGAGAUUGCGGAUACGCAAAGAAAAUCGGGGAUACCAAAAUCUUUACUUAGUAGAAAGGACUCUGUGGGCAAUAAAUCACGCAUACCUAGACCAGUUAUUCAACGAUCCAAAUCUAUGGAUGGAGCCAGUAUAUCUAGAAUACGCAAACGAAACUUGGAGAACACAGGCUCGCCCAGACUAGUUCGAGAAAAGUCAGAUAUUUCCGGCAAAAUGGUAAUUAGGCGUGAAAAAUCGGAUUUGACUGGGCGCCAAUCUAAAUAUAAACAAACAACGAGGGAGAUCACGAACACUCCUCGUAAACGAGCUGUUGACAAGAAAGAAAAAGCUGUACCUCGUGCCAGGAAUACAUCAACACUUGUGUAAAAAGACAGAAAAAGGGAUUUUUAAUGCAACAGAGAAUGAUAGAAUGAUGUUUAAAAGCAAAAGAGUUGCUGCUUACCAACUAUAAAAUGAACGAAGAAGAAUGAAUAUCAAGGCUAAAUAAAUUAGAACCAAAAAAAGAAAUUAAGAACUUUACGACAUGAGUUUUUAGUGAUUGUAGAAUUUUGAAUUUGCUUUGGUGUAGAUGUAAGAGGAUAUUUAUCCUGUCAUCGCUGGCGUAAAGAAACGCAUGCGCGAAAAGGCAUGCCACGUGUUUAGACGAACUCUAAAUGUCCGUACGCAUUCAAAUUAUUAUUAUUAUUAUUAUUAUUAUUAUUAAACUAUACACCUGUAAAUAGUUAGCAUUUAAUCUAUUUUUUAUAUCCAACUUCGUUUAUAACUUAUUCAUUAUUUACACGCAUUGUAUAUAACUUUACAAUAUGUUUUAUCUUCUAUUAAAAAAGUUUGUGCUUUUAAAAUAUCACAACUGGCUAAAAUGACUCUCAAAUAUGCACAAAAAUGUCAUCCUGUUAUCCUUUUUUAGCUUAAGGAAGUAAAAAUAUUGAAAUUGAACCUUUCAAAAGAAAUUUUUUUUAUUUUAUUUCUUUAUUUUAUUAAAGAAAAAAUGCGACAGCAUAUAUACCAAAUGUGUGACAACCUAAGGUCCUACAAUUGUAUUUCAACUUUACCAUACAGUUUAGAUUUAGAAAGACAGUCAGUCUGUUUACCAUUCGAGAACACGUUACCACUUGUUCCUGUCAUCCUUUCAUGUCUUUUAAAAUUCUUGUGUUUUUAAAUUGGAGGUUGGAUUCAGAAAAAUGUAUCUUGUCUUGUCCUACUCAUAAACAUUAAUUUAUUAUUUGUUUUCCAAAAUGUUUUUGUUUGUAUGAUGACUAUAAAGGGUCUGCAAUAUGCCAGCUUUAGUAAAACGGAAAUUUAGUUAAGUUUAACUUUAAAAAAGAAAAAAAAUUAUCGGAAUUUCAUGAUGAACAGCGUAAUGUAUUGUACACACCCGCUAAUUCGAAUAAUCGAAGAAUCAGGAAAAUAAAUAUCUAAAUAAAUAAAUGUUUGAAUCCUGUUGCAGAA